CUGCUUUUGGGUGUUGGGUUAGGCAGUGAGAACUCGGUGACUCGGUGGGUGGAGUCGGAGUGGGGGAGUGAGCGGCAGGUGUAUUUAUUACACAACAUCUAACCCUGGGUGGGGUCAGCAAGUUAACCAUGGAUUAGAACCAGAGUUAAAAAAACAAGUGGUUAAGAAGGACAACCACAAAACCGAGAUUUUUAUUAUCAACACUCUCAACAGUCAUCACUCAUCAUCAUCAUCAUCAACAAAAAUUUCUUCAGCUGAAAAAACCAACUAUUUUCUUUUUCUUUUUCUUUUUUUUUUUAAGGUUUUGGGUUUGUGGGUUGUGGAAUUUUGAUUUUGGAUGGGUGGGGAAACCCUAAUGAGGGGUUUUGAGUAUUGAAGCAUGGAGGUGAGUGCUGCUGCUGCUGCUGUUGUUGCUGAUACUGGCGCUGGGGCCGCCGUUGGUGGCGGUGUUAAGAGUCCGGAAGCCGAGACAGAGACGCCGACGCAGAUCCAACCCAGGAAGGGGUUGUCCUUGACGAACGGGGUGUUGAAGAGGCACCAACAACACCACCACCACCACCACCACCAUUUCGCGGCGCCCCAGGUGGUGGUGGCGUACAAGGAAUGUCUCAAGAACCACGCGGCUAGCUUGGGGGGCCACGCGUUGGAUGGGUGUGGCGAGUUCAUGCCCUCGCCGACCGCCACCUCAGCCGACCCGACCUCGCUGAAAUGCGCUGCCUGCGGGUGCCACCGGAACUUCCACCGCCGAGAGCCGGACGACCCGCCCCCCACCACCCACGUCAUCGAGUACCAGCCCCACCACCGCCACCAGCCCCCGCCUCCCCCGCCGCGCCCGCGCAGCCCCAAUUCCCCCUCUCCGCCGCCGAUCUCCUCCUCCUACUACCCCUCCGCGCCGCACAUGCUGCUCGCCCUCUCCGCAGGCAUCUCCGGCCCCCCUGAGAACGCCCCUCCCAUUUCCUCUUCCCCCGCCUCGGGCGCCAACGGGCGGAAGCGGUUCCGUACCAAAUUCAGCCAAGGGCAGAAGGAGAAGAUGUUCGAAUUCGCGGAGAGAGUUGGGUGGAAGAUGCAGAAGCGAGACGAAGAGCUAGUGGCGGAGUUCUGCAAUGAAGUUGGGGUCGACAAAGGAGUUCUAAAGGUGUGGAUGCAUAACAACAAGAACACCUUCGGCAAACGAGACGUCAAUGGCAGCAGAACCAGUCUCGACGACAACAACGAGAACAACGAGAACAACGAGAACACCGAGAACACCGAGACCAACGAGACCAACGAGAACAACGACAACACCCCUCACACCAUGGAAACCAUCCACCAUACCCCAAAUCACAACCACACCAACCCCAACCCCAACAACAACGAUACUACCACUGCACAUCUCGCCACUAAUGGUUCUUCUUCAUCUUCUUGAUCUUCCUUCCCAAUCUUCUUUCCCCCCACCAAUGAAAAAUAAGCAUUAGAAAAUAGAGAUUAAGAACUGUAUUAGAGUUUAUUAAUUAGCUAUUUCUUUUCCUUUUCCUUUUUUUUUUUUUUUUUUUUAAUUUUCCUUGUUUAGUUUUUAUUAAUGAUGCUGAGGAGAUAACAACGAACUGAAAAGGGAAUUCAUUUUGAUAAUUUCCUUUCUUCUUUUGUUAA